GAUCGUGCUCGGGUUCUCUCGCUUAUCUUUCUCUCACCGCCUCCGUCCAAUUUCGAAUCCUCUUGCACGAACCAAACGGAGCUCCGACCAUGGCGGCGGCCACAGGUUUUCUCACGGCAUUUUCCGUCGGCGAUCUAGCGUCCCCUAUCACGCUUCCACGCCGUGCCGCGCUCAUCCCGGGAAGGUGGGCUGCCGCGGGGGCUCUCCGCGUGGCAGCGGAGGCGGGGACGGAUGAGGCAGAGAAGAAGAAGAAGAAGCAGUGGGGCAUCACCAAGCCCAGGCCAGUGUCGCCCCAACUCCAGGCGGUGGUUGGCGAGGUGGAGAUCCCCCGGACCCAAGCGCUCAAGAAGAUUUGGGCUUAUAUCAAGGAGAACAAUCUUCAGGCCAUGUCGCAGGAAAGAUCAAGACAUUCUUUUGCCUGGUUGAGGAGAAUUCCAUCAAAAGGCUCACCAUUCACCUCACUGUGGUGUUUCUCAUCAUGUGUCAGUAGGAUCCGGAUGACAAGAGGAUAAUACUAUGCGAUGAGAAACUACAGAAUAUUUUCGGUAAAGAUCGUGUUGGAUUCUUGGAGAUUUCAGGACUUCUUAAUCCUCAUUUUACAAAGUGAUAUGUCUCCAGUCCGCUGUCGUGCACAUAUACUUCAACUUUGUCACGUAUUUACAAGCAUCAACGAUUUUACUUGCUCAAAAAUACAAUUCAAUUAAAACAGAAAAAUGAAUAUUCAGUUGCUGAGCAAUUUGUUUA